CACAGCAAAGGGGACAUCUAAGGACAUCUCUUGAGCUGAAGAAAAGCCAUUAAAAAAAAAAAAAGGCAUGUGGAGAAUCACAAGAUAUUGCCAAAACUGCAGUUAGACAAUCAGCAAUGAGACUAUUGAUAAAGCCGAUGCUUCACCUGGUUCUGAGAAUCAACACAAUGGUCUUAUUCCUGGAGUUGCUGUUCCUGGCUGUUGUGCUGCUUCCAUUCUUUUCUGCAAAUGGACAGGAUCCGUCCUUUAGAACUUUGUUAACCACUCAAAAGCAAGUCCAAGAAAAGAUUGUAAAUAAACACAAUGAACUAAGGAAAUCAGUCUCUCCACCUGCCAGCAACAUGCUAAAGAUGGAAUGGAGCACAGAAGCAGCAGCAAAUGCCCAAAAGUGGGCAAACAAGUGCACUUUAGAACACAGUGUGCCAGAGGACCGAAAAACCAAUACAAAAUGUGGUGAGAAUCUCUUUAUGUCAAGUUACCCUGCUUCCUGGUCAGAUGCAAUCCAAAACUGGUAUGAUGAGCACCAUGAUUUUGUCUACGGUGUAGGACCAAAGAGUUCCAAUGCAGUUGUUGGACAUUACACCCAGGUUGUAUGGUAUUCUUCUUACCAUGUUGGAUGUGGGGUUGCCUAUUGUCCCAAUCAAAAAACUCUAAGAUACUACUAUGUUUGCCAAUAUUGUCCUGCUGGUAAUAUUAUUAGCAAGAUAAAUACCCCUUACCUGAAAGGAAAAACUUGUGCCAGCUGUCCUCAUCACUGUGUCAAUGGACUCUGCACCAACAGUUGUGAACAUAAAAAUGAAUUUUCUAACUGUAAUGUGUUGAAGAAAAACUAUAGCUGUGAACAUGAUUUUGUCAAGAAAAAUUGCAAGGCUUCCUGCGAAUGUGAAGACAAAAUUUACUAAAUGCCAAUACAGACUGAGCAGGGCUAAGGGAAGGAGAACGGCAUCAUCUACUUAGAUUUGACAUUAGCACAGAUGUAAGCGUGUUAGCUAUAAAUUUUAUUCCAAAUAAUAAGGCUUUUUCUCUUGGAUCUACUUUUUAUUUUACAGAAAUCUCUUUCAUACAAAGGAUUAAAAAAUAACAUAAUCCAUGAUUAUCUGUUGCUCAUGCAAAAAUCAUGAGCAAAAAGGAAAUUCCGAGAAAGCAUUACAGGCCAGAAGAGACUACGAAAACAUGAGAACUAAAUGGAGUGUGGUCUCCUGGAUCAGAUCCUUGAACACAAAAAGGUCAUUAGUGGGAAAAAAUGGUGAGAUCUGAAUAGAGUCUGAAUUGGUUUUGAUAGUAACACCCAUUACUUACCCUUGACAAAUACCAGAGUAAUGCAAGAUGAUGAUUAUUAGGGGAAACUAAAGCUGGGUGAAGGGUAUAUGGGAAUUCUCUGUACUAUCUUAGCAAAGUUUCUGUAAAUCUAAAAGUACUCCAAAAUAAA